AUGCAAAAAAGUAGUUACAUGCAAAAUGCGUGGCAUAAACUCAACAAGGCGAUGCAAAACAUUCAAAAUGUGAUUCUCACAGAGGAUGAUUCAUUAUUUGUGAGUGAAAAAGACACACACGUGAAGGGAAACAAUUCGAGUAAGGAUGAGGAUGAUCUGACAAAGGGGGAAUUGCAACAUGGUGGUUCCAAUGGGAAGAAGGUGUUGUCUCAAACCGUGCGCAGUGUGAACUGUUCCCCAGUUAAAGCUACCACCACCGCUACCGCUAACGCGACCACUCCGGGUGGCAGCCUCGAGGGUCCCCCCAACUUAGUGGACACGAAAAAUGUCUUGUACGAAGAAAUAGUGAAUAGCAUAAUUUUGUUUGACAACCUGAUGAGGAACGAAAAAGUGCAGCUGCUAAUUAAUGAGUACCAAAUUGAUUACUACACAUCUGACAAACAAAAAAAUGAUUUUCUUUUAUUGAAUUAUGUGUACAUAAGUAAAUACAUGCUUCUCAUUUUAACCAAAUUUUUAAACAUAAACCUUAUGGAGAAAAUGGAGAUCAUUCAAAUGAGCAAGGAAGAAUACGAGCAUAGCGUAAUGCACCUCUUUCUUAACAUCCUAAAACUGGGGAACUUUCCCCAACGCAGUGGAACUAACGACCCACUUUCUCAACACCAUAAUUACAACCUAAAUUGGCAAGGAAGUGUCAACAGUAGUCUUCUUCAUUACAAGGAGGAAGAAAAGGUAGGACCUGCGCAUCUUAGUUAUAAAGGCUCGGAACAGGUGGUAGACGCUCUUCACACUGUAACAAAUGGGAUGAACACUUCUGCUCAGGGGAGGGAAGAAACGGCUCACGCCUCACAUCAUAACGCAGAGGGGAAUUUGGAAAACGUAAAUGAGCACAGCACCCAUCAUCACCAAGUGAACAAUCACGAAGGUUUGGUUUACAAUCCAAAUUAUGACCAUAAUAAUAAAAAUUAUCCCCAUCAUAAUGCAAAUUAUCACCAUAAUGGUCCACAUUUGAACACACGGGAAGAGGGCAACACAAAAUGUUACCAGUACAGUACCAAGAGUGACAUUUUUAACCCGCGUAUAGAUAAAGAGAACAGGAAAAGUGGAAGCACUGAAGGGGUGAUCAGCAUAGGAGGGGGAAGCGGAGCAGUCAUGCAUCGCCCAAGUAAUGUCGAAAACAAUAUGCACAACUCCCCAGAUAAGUGCAAAAAUAAUGUUUGUCAAAGUGGAGAAACGGCUACACAUUUUACAAAGAAUCAUUUAUCGUAUAGCAAAUCUAUGGAUGUAAGCGAAAGGGAUUUAUUUACUUCAGAGUUACACAGAAGGAGAGAAUUCUUUCCCAAAAAAAGUUCCGUCAUCGAAUGUAGAGAGGAAGAUUUCUGCAUAAACGAAGCGAAGAUCGAUUUGAAAAAUAUCAUCAAAUCGAUGAAGGAGGAAAAUAAUGUCAAAAUAGACCUUCUAAAUGAUAAGAUAAAAUAUCUGGAGGCAGAAAUUAUUAAAAGUAAGGAACGCCUCUUCACGUUUCAAGAGCUGGAAGAGGAUGUGGAAAAAUACAAAAGAGAAAUAAAUAGCAAAAAUAAAAUUAUAGAAGAGAUGAUUCGCGAAAAAAGCCUUCUGCAAAAUGAUAUCAGCGUAAUGCAGUCGAAACUCGAACACAGUAGCAAGUUUAAUGAGGAUAGGAAGAAGCUUACUAAAUACUGCCAAGAAAAUCACGUAGACAAACAAAUCAUUAUGGAAAUGCUAAAAAAUAGUCGUGAUUCUCUAAAAGCCAGCACUAUUAAAAAUCAAGUGUUCCUCAUUUUGUGCGACAUUUUGGGCAUUAAAAAUAUCAUAGAGAACGUGGCCAUGCAGGAGAAAACUAUAUCAGACCAGUUCUUGGAGUUCCUCGACGAGGAGACGAAGGACCCCUGA